GAGAAAAACAAGUCUCAUAACCACACAUAACUUGGAAAUUUGAAAACACUUGAUGGUGAAGACAAUCAUUAUGAAUUAGCAUAGAUAGGAGAUAAUAAAACAAUUCAGUUACUAGUUUCGAAGUAGUUGGUAGGUAGAAAGAAUUUUAGUUUAUCUCGUCACUUGGUGGAGCUAAACGAAAAGAAAGGCAAGGAGAAGGGAUCAAAGGGAAAGUUAAAAGAUGUGAAUAGUUGUUGUUAAUCCAUAUUUUAUUUUUUAACAUAAGAUGGCAAACAAUCAGCUACAUAAAAAAUACCCUGAAAAGGAUGAGGUUGACAAAAGAGUAUAUAUUGUAUUUGCAUCACUUUUGUUGGAUUUGCUAGCCUUUACCAUGAUUUUACCUAUUUUGCCAUCAAUCUUGGAACAUUAUCGCAAUAACGACACAGAUGGAUUAUAUUCUUGGCUAUCUGGUCAUAUUAAAAAUUUUCAAAAAAUUGUAGGAGCUCCUGAAGAAUAUAAUUCUGUAUUGUUUGGAGGCUUUUUAGGUUCAAUGUUUAGUUUUCUUCAGUUUAUUGCUUCUCCUAUUUUUGGUAGCAUAUCUGAUGUUUUAGGAAGAAAAUAUGUUAUGCUUUUUUGUCUGGUGGGUAUUUCUGUAUCAUAUAUUUUAUGGGCAUUUUCAAGCAGUUUAGCAUGCUUCAUACUGGCAAGAUUUAUUGGAGGAAUAAGUAAAGGAAAUGUAUCUUUAUGCUUUACUAUCAUAUCUGAUGUUUCAAACACCAAAACUAGAGGAAGAGGAAUGGCCCUUGUAGGGAUUGCCUUCUCAUUGGGUUUUAUAGUUGGGCCUCUUAUUGGUGCAGGAUUUGCAGUAUGGGGCAAAAAUAAGGCAAAUGAUUGGUUUAUAUAUCCUGCACUUUUUGCAUUUUUACUUUCUAUAAGUGAUUUAAUGUUCUUUGCAUAUGCAUUCAGAGAAACAUUGCCUAAAGAAAAGCGUGCUGCUAAUAUUUGGACUAGUCUGCAGGGUGCUAGAGGUCUAGUAGAUUUAAGACAGUUAUUCCAAUUUAAAGCAAUUAAUCUAAAACCUUUUGAGCACAGACAGCUACAACAGUUGGGCAUUAUAUAUUUUGUUUAUAUGUUUAUAUAUAGUGGUUUAGAAUUUACUUUAACUUUUCUUACACAUCACGUUUUUCAUUACACAUCUAUGCAGCAAGGAUGGAUGUUUUUUGCAAUAGGAUUAAUUAUGGCAAUACUUCAAGGUGGCUAUGUACGAAGAUUGCCUCCUAAUAAAGUAAAACCAACGGCUAUUUUAGGAUUAUCGUUAAUUAUUCCAUCAUUUGUUUUUGUGGCCAUAGCUAGAAACAUUUGGGUUCUUUGUAUUGGGCUAUUCUUGUUUGCUGUUUCUACUGCCAUGUGUGUUACUUGUAUGACAACUAUGGUUGCUGUUUACGGUUCUCCCAAAGAAAAGGGUACCGUGAUGGGUAUAUUCCGUUCGUUAGGGGCACUUGCAAGAGCAGUGGGACCAAUUGUUGCCUGUAUUGCCUUUUGGAGUCUAGGCUCUACUUUUACGUAUUUAAUUGGUGCUACAGCCUUAAUAUGGCCUGCUUAUACAUUAAAAACUAAAGUUUAGUCAUACUAUAAAAAUACAGUAAAUACGUUUUAUAAAUUUAAUUCUCUUAUACUUUCUUCAAUGAAUCAUAAGACUGAAAUGUAUUUUGUGGUCUUAUAACAGUAUUAACAUCACACAAAAAUGUAUUUUCAAAAGUUGUCAAUCAAGUAUUACAAACUAUACCAAUAAAGUUAUAUUGUUUU